AUGGCGGCUUUGUUCAUAUCAUCACACCCAGUUUUGGGGAUUAGAUUUGUGAUUGACAAAGAAGAAUGCUUCUCUCACAACGUUGAAUUCAUUAGAGAUACCAUUUAUCUCUCUUUUGUCGUCGUUAGCGUUCAUACCUGGCGACAUCAUGCUCACAAUGGCGUUGAUCUUUUGGUGAAAGGGCCUUUAGGGGAGAGAAUUGAAGAAAUUAGAGGGAAAACAAGUGAGAAAUUUGAGUUUAUUUCUCUUAGAAAAGGGCGAUAUCACUUCUGCUUCAUCAACAACUCACCUCACCAAGAGACCAUAGAAUUUGAUAUCCAUAUCAAUCAUUACUAUGAGUUCUAUGAUGAUGAUGAACAACAUGUAAAAGAUGAGCAUUUGAGCCCUUUAUUGGCUCAAAUAAAGAAGUUGGGAGAAACCUUAGGCGUUAUUGAGUUUGAACAGCAAUGGUUAGAGGCACAGACAGAGCGACAAGCCAAAGGUAUUGUUCAUCUAUUAACCCAUUUGAUAUACAAUCUAUUCCUUUGUAUUAAUUGAAAUAUCAGAUCUAACCAACAACUUCUAGCAUUUAGUAAGUGAAGUACCUUUUUCGCAGUGAAUGACGCAAUGAGCACAAUGGCGAUUCUGAAGGCUGUUCUCGAAUCAGCAGCGCUCAUCGGUGCAAGCAGUCUUCAAGUUUUCCUUCUACGUCGCCUGUUCGAGAAAAAAGUUGGAAGCCUGUAUUCGAGCACCUACAGAAUAUAAUCUCAUAUCCAUGGCAGAUUCAAACUCCAGCAGACAUACAACAACAAGCAUGGCAGAACAAGUGCUGGAAAGGUUGAGGAGUUUUUUUUUGUUUCUCUGCUUUUAAUGAAACUAAAAGAAAUCAUCAAAUUUGGUUUAGAGCUAAAACUAUUCAU